CGGGAGAGCACUUCCGGCACAGAGGAAUUCCGGGUGGGGUGAGAUUGCCUGCCGACUCUCUGUGCGGUCGUGAAGGUGGGUGUGGGGGUGCCUCAUGAGUGCGGCGCCCCUCGUGGGCUACAGCAGCAGCGGCUCCGAAGAUGAGGCCGAGGCCGGGUCCCGGGUUCGGCUGGGGGCUGAAGGCCGCAGUCGGGGCCAGAGCCCCCUUCCCGGCCAGAGGUUGCCAGUACCCGACAGUGUGCUGCACAUGUUCCCCGGCACUGAGGACGGGCCUGUGGAUGAUAGUGCGAAACACGGGGGCCGGGUGCGCACCUUUCCCCAUGAGCGUGGCAACUGGGCCACCCAUGUCUAUGUACCUUACGAAGCCCGGGAGGAGUUCCUGGACCUGCUUGACGCAUUGCUGUGCCACGCGCAGACAUACGUCCCCCGGCUGGUGAGGAUGGAAGCCUUCCACCUCAGCCUGUCCCAGAGCGUGGUUCUGCGCCACCACUGGAUCCUCCCCUUCGUGCAGGCUCUGAAAGACCGAGUGGCCUCCUUCCAGAGAUUCUGCUUUACCGCCGACCAGGUAAAGAUUUACACCAAUCAAGAGAAAACCAGCACCUCUGAGAGGACAGCUCAUUCCUUCAUUCUGCAAAAUUGGUUCAGCACGUCCUGGUGCCAGAGACUUGCUGUACACUGCAGGUCAGCAAUGAAAAGGACCUUUGUUGGGCUCGAGGUCACCUCAGGGCACGCCCACUUCCUGGACCUGGUUGCAGAGGUAGACAGGGUCAUGGAGGAGUUUGACCUCAGCACUUUCUACCAGGACCCCUCCUUCCACAUCAGCCUGGCUUGGUGUGUGGGUGACGCGCGUCUCCAGAUGGAAGGGCCGUGCCUGCAGGAACUACAGGGAAUCGUGGAUGAGUUUGAAGACUCUGAGAUGCUGCUGCGUGCGUACGCCGAGCAGAUUCGCUGCAAGUCUGGGAACAAAUUCUUCUCGAUGCCUUUGAAGUGAGCACCAGAGGCCCUCAUUGUCCUGGGCCCCUCUGCAGCCAGACAGAGAUGGAAGAACCCACUCAGAUCGCUGGGGAUGCUGCCAGCCCUCCACCGGGGGGCCUGGCUGGAGGAGGGACAGCUGCUCUGGGUGCUCUUUGGGAGCUGGUUCUCUUGGCCUCUUUGAGUUGCAGGUCAGGUACCACUGCAUUGUAGUCUUUCCCAGAAAUCACCAGUAGAGGGCAGCCUGGGCUUCCUAGUUCUAGGUCUGUGGUGGUUAUGCAAAAAAGCAAAACAAAACAAAAAAUGGGGGUCACCUGGUGAGCCCACCCGUACUCAGCCAGUACCCCCAUGGUAGUCCCGCCAACAAAUGGCCCCUCCCCCACACCCCCUUGGGCUGUCUGCAUUUGGAUGCCAUUGGCCCCAGACGAGAGCUUUUUGAAGCCAUCAUGCCCUGUCUCAUCUCUGCUCAGGCCUGACAAAGGGUGCUUCCACGGGCCUGUCAUGCUCCCUCCUUGAAGCAGUGUCGCUUUUAUUUAUUUAUUUUUAGUCUCACCCCCUCCUAUGCCAGUGGAGGCCAUCUCAGGGCCAAGGCCCAGGGUGCUAAUUUGUGGUUUAGCAUCAGUUUUCUCCAUUCCUUCCUCCCACUCACCCCCAGCCAGGUGCCUGGGAGAUUUGAGCAGAUGUUUCAUCUUGGCCUGACUGGUGGCUUUAAGCCAGGCCUCCAACGCUCUGACCUCUGGCUUCCCAUCAGCUUCCCAAAGAAGCCAAGAGGCGCCUUCCCCAGGCAGAGCUCUCUUUCUGCCGCCUCCGGCUGCCUGCUGCGGCCUGCGGGCAUUCCGGGGGCACUCGGAGGAAGGGCCAGGGCUUGCACAGGGGUUUUUGUUUUCCUUGAGCCCUCAGCAGAGCCAAGGGCCAGUCCUCCCUCCAGCUGCCACCUGGAUUUCUAGUGAUGGCGGAAGAGACACUUUUACGUUUUAGUUUUAAAUUAUGUUCAACAAAUAAAACUUAGGGUUUUUAUUUUGGA